CCUAAUAACCCCCUCCGCUCUUCCACCCUGCGCUCUACGAUAUUUGGAAACCCAGGUCUUAACAUUUUCUCUCCAGCUAACUUACUUUUCCUUUGCAGACUUCGUGAAAUCGCAACCAAACUCUUUAAGUCGAGUUCAUAGCAGGCUACCAGGAAGAAAUGGGAGAAACAAGAGAGAACGAAUAUGAGGAAGAGCUCCUCGACUACGAGGAAGAGGAAGAGAAGGCCCCCGAUUCCGUUGGAGCUAAAGUCAACGGUGAAGCUGGAAAGAAGGGUUAUGUUGGAAUUCAUAGUUCGGGAUUCAGAGACUUCCUAUUGAAGCCAGAGCUUCUCCGUGCUAUUGUAGACUCUGGGUUUGAGCAUCCAUCUGAAGUGCAACACGAAUGUAUUCCCCAAGCUAUUCUCGGCAUGGAUGUUAUUUGUCAAGCUAAAUCUGGUAUGGGCAAAACUGCUGUUUUUGUUCUGUCAACGCUGCAGCAGAUUGACCCUGUUGCUGGUCAAGUCUCUGCACUAGUUCUGUGCCAUACGAGGGAGCUUGCAUACCAGAUCUGUCACGAAUUUGAGAGGUUCAGCACUUAUCUUCCUGAUCUGAAGGUUGCUGUCUUCUAUGGUGGGGUGAAUAUUAAAAUUCACAAAGAUCUUCUGAAAAAUGAAUGUCCUCAUAUUGUUGUUGGAACACCUGGAAGGAUACUGGCAUUGUCAAGAGACAAGGACCUAUCUCUGAAGAACGUCCGACAUUUUAUCUUGGAUGAGUGUGACAAGAUGCUUGAGUCCCUUGAUAUGCGGAGAGACGUACAGGAAAUCUUCAAGAUGACUCCUCAUGACAAACAAGUUAUGAUGUUCUCUGCAACACUCAGCAAAGAAAUCCGCCCAGUUUGCAAGAAGUUUAUGCAAGAUCCAAUGGAAAUAUAUGUAGAUGACGAGGCAAAGCUGACCUUGCAUGGUCUUGUCCAGCAUUACAUCAAAUUGAGCGAGAUGGAGAAAAAUCGGAAGCUGAAUGAUCUCCUUGAUGCUUUGGACUUCAAUCAAGUGGUUAUUUUUGUUAAAAGUGUUAGUAGAGCAGCUGAGCUGGAUAAGUUGUUGGUGGAGUGUAAUUUUCCCUCUAUAUGCAUCCACUCUGGCAUGUCUCAAGAAGAGAGGUUGACUCGAUACAAGGGCUUUAAAGAAGGACAUAAGCGGAUUCUUGUGGCAACAGAUUUGGUUGGUCGAGGAAUUGACAUUGAACGUGUAAACAUUGUCAUCAAUUAUGACAUGCCAGAUUCUGCUGAUACUUAUUUGCACAGGGUCGGCAGAGCUGGUAGAUUUGGCACCAAAGGGCUUGCAAUUACCUUUGUAUCAUCUGCAGCUGAUUCUGAUGUUCUCAAUAAUGUUCAAGAAAGGUUCGAAGUCGAUAUUAAGGAGCUUCCAGAGCAGAUUGAUACAUCCACAUACAUGCCAUCAUAGACGUAGAGAUCAUCAGCAUAGAAAUCGGCUACCUGGGUUGGUGAGGGUGGUUCACAUAUCAUUGUGGUUUGAUUUUGAUUCGGACUAAAAAUGGAUGGAAGCCACUGCACUCACUAGCUUUGAUGUGAACGAGGGCAAUGGUGGAUGCGCCAAAUGUGGGUGGUGGGGUGGGUGUAUACGCUGCCAUUUGAGUUUAUUGUAUUCUAAUUGCUGGGGCUGUCUUGCAUGGAAGAAGUCUCUAUAUGCGUUUUAUCCUGAAUCGCGAAUGAUACAACAAAUGUAUUACUUUAGAUAUUCCUCUCUGCAAGACUAACAAUAACGGUAGACUGGUUGGUUGGUAGUAUUUGCAGUGAUUUUAUCGGAUUCCUUAUGUGAACCCAUUUCCCCAAGUUCCAUGGCUUCACCUGGUUCUCUCGUUACUGCCUAUUGCUGAUGUUUUGAUGCGAAUUUUACUGGAGAUUUAGCUUGCAAAUCAACAUACCAAGUUUUGUGAAUGAGAUGUUCAUAAAUUAGAUGCCUGAAA